GUUUCGUCUCCGCCGCCGGCUGAAAACCUGGCCUCUCCAGGGACUCCACUGCGUGUUCCCUACUGGCUUAAGGCCGGGAGGCCCCAUCCUGCAGGCAGAGCCGAUCCUGGGACUGACAGAGGGUCAGCCACCACAGCUUUGGCCAGCUGGGACCAGCAGUAUCAGCUUCACCCCAUUUGACACCGGAGGAAACUGGUCCAGAUUGGCAAGUGGAAAGAUGGGGAGCCCCUGCUGGACUCAGAGGUCUCCCAGCUCCUUUUUCUGUGCGCUGCUCACGACACUCCAAAAACCUUCUCUAAGAAGUGCAGCCACUGGGAGCACUGCUAGCUGGUAGAACCAUGCUGCAGAACUCCAGCCACAGGGAAGCCAUGGUCCAUGUGGAUAAGACCCGGAGGGAGCAGGACAGGGAAGGGGUAUGGGCAGUGGCAGGGGGAGCCCUGGCCCCCAGCACCUCCUCCCCAUUCUCCCCUGAGCCUCCAGGGGCCUCAGGCAGCAUCAUCCCUGUCUACUGUGCCCUCCUGGCCACCGUGGUCCUUGGUCUGCUCGCCUAUGUGGUCUUCAAGUGCUGGCGCUCACGCAAACAAAGGCAGCAGCUGGCCAAAGCUCGGACCGCAGAGCUGGGGGCCCUCAGUAGGGACCAGCUGCAUGGGGACAGCAGUGUCUUCCGGGACUCUCCAGCCGGCCUGGAGCCCUGUGCCCCCAGCCAAGGGCUGCGGCCUGAACUUGGCUGCCGGCUUUACCUCCACCUUCCUCGGCAGCAGCAGGAGGAAGUGGAACGGCUCCUGGAGGUGUCGGGUGAACUGGCCAACGGCUGGCGGGGCCUGGCGGGCCGCCUGGGCUACCAGGCUGAGGCAGUAGAGACCAUGGCCCGGAGCCCGGGGCCCGCCUCUGCCCUGCUGAGGGACUGGGCUGUCCAGGAAGGCAGUGGCGCCACCCUAAGAGCACUAGCAGACGCCCUUGCUGCCAUGGGUCGUGAAGACGUGGUUCGGGCCCUGGGUCCCCUGGCCGAGGGUUGCUCUGUGGUGUGAGUCAUGGCUCCGCAGCCUGGCCUCUCAGGGAACCUGCUUUGGUGCUCCACACCACCCCCACCUCAUAUACCUUCCCCUUCAUGGGCUUCCUGGCAUUGGUGACCUCGGCUUGUUCUGUUUCAGGGGGACACACAAGAUCCUGGCACCAGUCACCUCCCCUCCCCCUGCCUUCCUCCAGGACAGGGAUCAGGACGUGGGCGGGGGGACAGCCAGACAGGGAGCAGCAGUCUUGCCCCCCGAUCCCUACUCCACCUCCCCAUACUUACUCUCAACUGUUUUUUCUACUUUUGUACCCCAUAUUAAA